UUCAUGCUUUAAAUCUGGUUAUACGGUUAGAAAUGAGUAGUGUUAUUGGUGAUUUGAUGUGUGGAUCAUUAGAAGUUAAAUUUUGCUAGGAAAGUUUAGCCAUAUGAAUGGUACAGAAUAAUCUCAUAUCGUGAGCAGGAACUUCAUUUGCUAGCCACCAUGUACACUGCUGAGGGCGAUGGUUGGGUUUGUGAGGCUACCAUUUUCUUGGUUUUUUACAUAUAAUAAAGAAACCAACCAAAAUAAGAGACAAAAAUAAUCCCAUACUGCAUCUGGCUAAGAAUUAUGAACUAUGAAGCCCACCAGCCAAUUUCUCUGGGGUUCCUCCACGUUGUGAUGUUUUUGUCAACUUGCCAUAGAUGAUUGAGCCCAUUAACUUGUUUAGGCAAGCUUCUAACACGCUACCAAUAGAGUUGGCAAAACAAAGAACCGCAUCAUAAAAGUCUGAUCACGAUCGACGGUUCAGAUUGGUAGACCUAGAGUCAAGGACCCCACGUCCCCACUUACCAAACUCUAAAAGUGGUAUGCCAGGUCAAUUUCUUACUGUCAACUAAACCAACAGCAACUAGGUUCCAGAUCCUUCACUGCCCACGUUGUCUUUUAUUCUAUGGGGAAGAGCAGCAUCAUCAUCAUCUAAGUCACGGACAGCCGCCGCAGCAAAUCGCCAAGGACCCCAAAUUGAGAGAAGCUAUAUUUUUCUCGCCUGUAUUAUUAUUCGUCUUCCAAAACCAAAAGCCGCAGACCGAAGCAAGGGUUUGAUCCUUACGAGUUUCAGACACAAAAAAACAAAACAAAAGAGGGAAAAGUAAACUAAAAUGGCUUUGGCUAGCUUGGCCAGAAGAAAGGCAUAUAUUCUUUCAAGAAACCCGUUGAGCUCGCCCGUGGAUGCGUUUAAGCUCUCUUUUUCACUGCGCAAUUUCUCAAGGGGUUUCGCUUCAGAAUCCGAAGAGAACGACGUUGUUGUAAUAGGCGGUGGACCCGGCGGCUACGUGGCGGCUAUCAAGGCCGCACAGCUUGGUCUCAAGACAACCUGUAUCGAGAAGCGUGGUACCCUUGGUGGUACCUGCCUCAACGUGGGCUGCAUCCCUUCUAAGGCACUUCUUCAUUCCUCCCACAUGUACCAUGAAGCUAAGCAUUCAUUUGCUGGCCAUGGUGUGAAACUUUCUUCUGUUGAGGUUGAUUUGCCAACGAUGAUGGCCCAAAAGGACAAAGCCGUUUCUAAUCUUACCCGUGGUAUUGAAGGUCUUUUCAAGAAGAACAAGGUAACCUAUGUCAAAGGCUAUGGAAAGUUCAUUUCUCCCUCUGAAGUUUCUGUAGACACUCUUGAAGGUGGGAGCGCCAUUGUAAAAGGCAAGAAUAUCAUAAUUGCAACUGGUUCUGAUGUCAAAUCUUUACCUGGUAUCACCAUUGAUGAAAAGAGAAUUGUGUCAUCCACUGGAGCUUUGGCGUUGUUGGAAGUUCCUAAGAAACUUAUAGUCAUUGGGGCAGGCUACAUUGGGCUUGAGAUGGGUUCAGUCUGGGGCCGACUGGGCUCAGAGGUUACUGUUGUUGAGUUUGCCCCAGAUAUUGUUCCGACAAUGGAUGCUGAAGUCCGGAAGCAAUUCCAACGUGCACUUGAGAAGCAGAAGAUGAAAUUUAUGCUCAAAACUAAGGUGGUAGGAGUUGAUACUACUGGAAAUGGUGUGAAGUUGACAGUUGAACCAGCUGCUGGUGGAGAGCAAACCACACUCGAAGCUGAUGUUGUUCUUGUCUCUGCUGGUAGAGUUCCAUUCACAGCUGGACUUGGCUUGGACAAGAUAGGAGUGGAAACUGAUAAGGCAGGACGAAUUUUAGUCAAUGAAAGAUUUGUUACGAAUGUGCCAGGUGUUUAUGCCAUUGGAGAUGUAAUUCCAGGGCCUAUGUUAGCCCACAAAGCAGAAGAGGAUGGUGUUGCUUGUGUGGAGUUUAUAGCUGGUAAACAUGGCCAUGUUGAUUAUGAAAAGGUCCCUGGAGUUGUCUACACACAUCCUGAGGUUGCAUCAGUUGGGAAGACUGAGGAACAGGUUAAGGCACUUGGUGUUGAUUACCGUGUUGGGAAGUUCCCUUUCUUGGCAAAUAGCCGGGCCAAGGCUAUUGAUGAUGCUGAAGGAAUAGUCAAGAUAUUGGCUGAGAAGGAAUCAGACAAAAUUCUGGGAGUCCAUAUCAUGGCACCCAAUGCUGGAGAGCUCAUCCAUGAAGCUGUCCUUGCUGUUAAUUAUGGUGCAUCAAGUGAGGACAUUGCACGCGUGUGCCAUGCACAUCCUACAAUGAGUGAGGCAUUGAAGGAAGCCGCAAUGGCCACCUACGACAAGCCAAUUCACGUCUAGGAAUCUAGAUAUCGUCCAUUAAUCUUCUUUCUAAGUUUUGUUUGAGAAUUUUCAAGAUGAUUCAGCAAAUACUGUUCAUUUUCUUGUUUGUCCUUACUUGAAGCAGACGGCAUGCUUGAAUAGAGGUAUGCUAUUCAUUGUUCUCUGUUGUCUAAAUGGCUUAAUAACUCAGCAUGUUCAGUCAACUGUUUGAUCA